GCUCUGGAGGCGGCAGCGGCCAAACUUGGACUCAACAACGGUUCUGGUUCGGGGUCAAAGCGGGCUCGGAAUGAUACAGAGGUUUUCGAUCGGGACCCUACAGGUGAAGGGCUUGGCAACCCUCAGGUGUCGGAGUGGUUGCGCGGGGCCAUCGCGAGUACUAUUACCACGGCCAUGACGACUUUCGGGGAGCACAUCGACGAAAGGAUCCAGACUGUUGAGCAGUCCGUCAAGGACCUGGAGCUCACUCAGAACAACCAGGAACAGCGGCUCAACAUGUACGAGGCCACGCAGACAGCGAUGGGCCACGCCAGCAACCACCACUCGGCGGUCAUCGAGGAGCUCCGCGCGAAGGUGAAGGCGUUGGAGGAGCGGCAGGCGGCGGCAGCUCGCCAGCCACCACCUCCACCCCAACCACGUCGUCACGCACAGGUGCCUCCGGACCAAUUUACCAUGGGCAACCUCGGCUUCGACACCCACAGGGACAUUCUUGAAACUCGGGCUCGAGAGGUCCUACAGCGCGUGGGGGCCCCGGAGCCGCAGCAACUACGGGCGGUCUACACGUACGGGUCCAUCGUCAGCAUCACGUACACGGACAUCCAGAUUGGGCAACGGGUCCGGGAGAGGAUCUCGACAGAACAAAUCCAGUUCGACGGGGUGCGCAAGAACGUGUGGUUCGAUUUCCGGAAGAGCAACGAGGACCUCAGGCCUGGACGCCUGCUCCGCCGCGGCGUCGCAGAGGCGGAGAGGCUCGAGGACAGGGAGGGCUUCAAGGGGAAGGUGGAGGGGUGCCCAAGGUCCAAGAAGGUGUACGUCCAGGCCCGGGUGGUCGGCGAGGUACGCGUGGGACGCUGGCAUUGGACAUCGCUCGGCUUGGAGAGGUACGCUGCCGACGAUCUGCCUGCCCUGGCAGAUGCCAUCAAUGUGCAGGUGAUCAUCGAUGAGGUGGCGCUGAAGACCGAUGGCACGUGGGCCGCAGUUUUGAUCGCGGAGGCUGAUCUCAUCAGCAACUCCAGCGACAGCGACUGGCGCUCCGGCACGGCGACCGUAGGCAUAGUUUUCACACACGCUGCUCAUGGCGAUCUCUGGGAGGAGUCCUUGGAGGAUGGCCAGUUUCUAUUACGAAGUGGCAGACACGCAGAUGCUUUGAUAUGGUUGGGGGAUUUCAACGUUGACGGCAACGUUCAGUUCGGAAGGGAUGCCGGGGAGGAGAAACAGAAGUGGCCAUUUCUGUUGAAUGUCAUAGGUGCCACAGGCCUGCAGUCGUCCAUGCAGGAGACUGCCCCUACCUACACGUGGACGCCGACGGGCGAGCAACAAGGAGAUCCCAGUUGGCUGGACCACUGUUUUGCUUCGGCUGGCGUGGUGACACCAGUACAUACAACUUGGGAUUCCGCUCCUGGGGAUCACUCGUGGCUGAUCGUCGGGCUGGCCGGCGCUGUACAGCCCUCCCUCGACCGCCACACCAAGCGAGUCUGGCACUGCACGGACUGGGAGGCGUACGAGCGGGAGUUGGACACGCUGGACGGGGACACUUUGACGUCCGUCAGCGACAUCACGCAGGCGGUGCAGGGAAUCAUGGAUAAAUACACCGACGUGCAGACAUCGCGACAGCGGAGACGCACAAGGGAACCUCUGCAAAUCAAGGACACUCUGGAUCUGAAGCACAAGGCUGACCUGAAUUCCCUGCUGACGGACAUGCGCAAGCAGUGGCUUACUAAGAAGUGGGACAUUGAGGGUGUUGAUAGGGCCCGGCGGCUCAAACGCUUGCCGUCUCCGCGGUCCGGGCUGCACGCGAUAACGUCGAUGAAGAUAGGGCCGGAAACAGUGCAUGAUCACGCGGCGUGGGCUACAGCGUGCCACUCAGAAAUGGAGAGGCGCUGGACCGAGGCAAAUGCGAGCCACGGCGCGCGAUGGAUGGAACGGGACGCCCGGGGAACUUUGCAUACGGCCGUCCCUUUCGACACGCCGGACGUGCGGGUCGCCAUAUCAAGUCUACGGAAGAAUAAAAGGGCGAAAGACAGACGGGGUCUCUGCCCAGCCGCUUUCCGCGGUCAGGCGGGCGCAUCGUUGGCCAAGAAGGCGGUCAACCUUCUGCUUGUUGACGACUCUGGAUGGGAAGCGGUGGAGCUCGAGGGUUACUCAAAGUCAAAGGUUGCCGGAGUGGCGCUGCCAACGAAGAUCCGCACCAUCGUCCUUCAAAACACUAUCCUGAGCGUGUGCCAUGCUUGCGUGCACGCGCGCAUUGUGGACAUUACAUCCGCUUGGAGCGCAGGCCAUGGACUCGAUGCACUUGUCCUCGGAGGGAGCAAGCACCACCAACCGGCCGAGGUCACGUUUGCGUGCAGCCAGGUGGUCGAAAAGAGCAUGGACCGUCGUAACGCUGGCGCGGUGGGCUCCAUGGACGUGGCCAACUUCCACGACUGCUUGGGCUGGGACAGCGCGUGCGACAGCAUGGCCCGGCGGAGCGCACCGGAAGCAGAUGCGAUGAUGCUUAUGCGGCUCCAUUCCCGGCCUCAGGUUCGCAUACGCGUUGCGGACGCUUUAACGGACGUUGUGGAGCGCAGCAGAGGCGCAUUUACGGGUGCGCGGACAGCGGCUACCAUCGGACAGUGGGUGGUCGAGGACGCUUUCCUGGAUUGUGCUGGCGACCUUGCUGUGAGAGGAUGGGCUUUGGAGGAAGGGCGCUAUGUGACGGCCAUGGCGUGGGCCGACAACCUGAUCAGCUUCGGGGACUCAGUGCAUGAGGCGGCAGGCGUCUUGACCAUCAUCGAGGGCGCCUUGAACCUGAAAGGCCACACUAUCAAACCGGAUAGCCGCGAGUUGUUACAGGUAUCUCAACAGCCGGUUGGCGAGUGGCAGUUGGAGGCAGGGGGCUGCGCUUGGCAGGUCAAGGAUGAACUCGUCGUCAUUGGGCGCACUGUGAGCGGCAAUGCGAGCAGCCAUGCGGAUCGAAGCAAAGCGCUGGAGAAGAUCCAACGGUCUUGGUUCAAGCACCGGCGUCUUCUUCAGAACAACGCCUUACCUUUCGCAUCCCGGGCGCAGAUGUGGACGAGACACGCGGAGAGCAUCUUCAAUUUCUACGCCGGGACGUGGGUCCUUGGGAGACAGAUGGUGAACGCCUUGGAUACGGUUCAGCUCCGACAC